UAACAAAACGGCACGUCGUUUCAUUGUUUCAUCUCUCCCCCACUCUCUCUCUCUCUCUCUCUCUAACAAAACAACACUGAGAAAGAGAGAUCCGAUCCCGAUCGUUUGGUUCUCAACACGAACACCUCAUCAUCAUCAUGUCUGGUGCUGCAACAAUGGCGACGCGCUCGUACGUAUGGAGCACCGCACUCGUCAAGAUCUCCCCAUACACCUUCUCCGCCAUCGGAAUCGCCGUCGCUAUCGGCGUCUCCGUCCUCGGCGCUGCCUGGGGAAUUUACAUCACUGGUAGUAGCUUGAUCGGUGCUGCAAUCAAAGCUCCACGAAUCACUUCCAAAAAUCUCAUUAGUGUAAUCUUCUGUGAAGCUGUUGCUAUAUAUGGUGUUAUCGUGGCUAUUAUUCUACAAACAAAAUUAGAAAGCGUUCCAAAAUCACAAAUCUAUGAUCCGGAGUCUCUUAGAGCUGGAUAUGCCAUCUUUGCCUCUGGAAUUAUAGUGGGCUUCGCAAAUCUUGUUUGUGGGUUGUGCGUAGGAAUAAUUGGAAGCAGCUGUGCAUUAUCUGAUGCUCAGAACUCAUCUCUCUUUGUGAAGAUUCUUGUGAUUGAGAUCUUUGGUAGUGCGCUUGGUCUAUUUGGAGUUAUUGUUGGAAUUAUUAUGUCAGCUCAAGCAACAUGGCCCUCAAAAUUUUAGGUUGGCUAAUACUGUGGGAUUGAAAUUAUGGUAGAGUGAAAUAUGUUUUCGGUAAUGCUGGUGAUCAAGUCUUCUCUGUUUAUCCCUGUUGGCAAGAAUGUAAAAUCCAGUGUAAUAGCUUUCCUCCAUAACAACUAUAGGCUAUAUUAUCUCCCGAUGAGUUGUUAGAAGGUGUUGUGUGUUCUCAGAUAUAUCAGUCUAUUUGUUGAAUUUUAGUAUUUUUGGAGGAUUAAACAUCAGUUUAUUCAUUUAUCAAUAAAUAAUGUGAAUUUUAUUUCGGCUCA